AAAUUUAUAUCAGCUGUAUUGUUUGGCAUUUUGGUAUUAAAGUAAUGAAAAUUUUAUUCUCAAUUUACUUCUCGAAGUUUGUGGAUGUUUAUAGAAAAUUAGUGAAAUAAAUUGAAUCAUACCAAAAUAAAAUACUUCAUGGUGAUUCUCAAACAUUUUAGUGCUAAAAUUUUAUGUUAAAAUUGAAAAAAUAAAAUAGUGUGCUAAUAAGUGUUUAAAAAGAUUACUAAAAUAAAACAACCAGUGCUAAUAAAGACUUCAAAAAAAUAUAAAGGAAUUAAAGUUAUAAAGUAAUAAAUACUUUUUAAAGAAAUUAAACAAACAACAAAGAGAAUAUUAACUGGCAAUUGUAAAAUUUUUUUCAACAAGUUUUCUUUGUUCAAAACAAAGAACAAUACCAACAACAAAAACACAUACAAAUAUCCGUAAAAUCAAGUUUAAAGGCAAAAAAUAAAGAAAACAAAAUGCCAGCUGAUUCAGUUUCAAGAAUGAAUUCAAAUGGAGGUUCCGGUGGCAAUGACUCUGAUAUACCCGAAAAUCUUCUAAGUACAUCUCCAGGAUCUUCAGGUCUACGUUCACGUACUGAUAGCGAAAGUUCCGAUAAGUUACUACGCUUUGUUUUACCUAGCAUGGAUGGAAGUCCCCCUAAAGUGAUGACCCUUAAUGAGGUAGCAGAUGUCGUUAAAAAUAUUCAAAAUAUGGAAUUAGCUCAUGAAAUUGCUCUUAAUCCGGAAUUUAAAUUACAACCAUAUGAACCGCCAGAAAGUAGCCUGGAGAAAGUUAUUAAGGAAACAAUGCACAAAGUAUUUUGGGACAAUUUGCGUUUACAACUGAACGAAAAUCCACCAUGCUACGAUUAUGCCAUAAGACUUUUAGGAGAUAUUAAAGAAUGUUUUCCCCAGAUUUUGUCACCAAACAAUAAACGUGCCUUAGAGCAUAUAAAUGAAAUUCUUGACGAGUCCGUAAUACGUCAACAAGCUGAAAAGGGUGUUCUUGAUUUUAGAAAUUAUGCCAACUUCGUUAUACAGAUAAUGGCGAAAUCGUGCGCUCCUGCUAGGGACGAUGCCAUAAAAGAGUUGACACAAAUUGAAGAUGUUGUUGACACAUUCAAGGGUAUUCUUGAAACGAUGACUCUGAUGAAAGUCGAUAUGGCAAAUUUUCUUCUCGAUUUUGCUCGUAACGAUAUAAUGGCCAAUUCGGUGGAAUAUGAAAAACAAAAAUUUCAAGAAUAUUUAGAGUACUAUAAAUUUGGUUUUCCGGCAACCGAAAAUUGGCUUAAGCGUAAUCGCACCCAAGAUGCUAAUAAUGUCCCAAUCAGUGGAGAUCAAACAAUAUCAAAUGCCUAUAUGGAACUUAUGGACUGGCCAGAAGAUGUAGAAUUUCCUGAAAUUCUUUCAAUCGACAAGGAUCGUAUCUUAAAAUUGGGUCAAAAGGCCAAACGUUUAUGUGUUGGAGCAUCUCUGAUUGCUAUAUGUUCUGCUGUUCCCAUAAUAUCGCAACGCACAGAAAAUCGUACACAAUUGGCACAACAAAUUGAGAUUUUACUUCAGAGUGUUACUAGUGAAAAAACGAUUUCUGAACUAAUUGAUAACAUUUGGGAACAAAUAAAAACCGUUGUUAAUCAGUAUUUACAAAAGGAAGACCAAUCAAUAAUGGAUGCCUCAGCCGAAUCUUUACUCAAAACUCAAAUUAUGCAAAUUGCUAAUAAAGAUUCGCCCGUACGACAACUUAUGUGGAAGCGCUUACAAACAUAUUUCCGUUUGACACUUCGCUCGAAAGGUGGUCUACCUCCACCACCGCCUGGAUAUACUGAUUUUAAAACAGAAUUGGAAAACUAUGCAACUUCCCUUAAACGUGUUAUAGCUUAUAAUCAUUCUGUUUUCGGUGAAUAUUUUCUACGUAUACUCACACAACGACAGCCGGAAUCCACUAAUAAUGAUUCUAACGAAAGUGCCACCACUUCAGGAAGCUCUUCUUCAGAAGCUAAAACUCAGUCCUCGCAAUAAUGAAAAUUACGCCUAUGAAUAGAAGAGGAAUAGAGUAGAUUUUUAAACCAAUACAUACACCGUUAAUCAAAAAAGCCCUGAGAUAGAAUUUUAGAGCUAACGCGAAUUAGUGCAUUGGACGAAAAUUGAGAAUGCGUUACAGGACUUGGUAUGUGAAUUUAAAAAGUGCACAUUUCUUAAAAAAUUGAAAUACAAAGUUUGUGUACAGUAAUAUUGAAUUGCUGUAAACCUUUUAUUAAAUUCACUUAACACCAAAAAAAUCUAUGGCAAAUGAAUUUUCGAAAAAAGUCGUACGAUUGAUAACAUAUACAAAUAAAUUAUAUUUAAAUACAUCAUAACAAAUAUAACAUUUUAAAAGUAUGAGUUCUAAUACAUAUAGUAAUUUCUAAUAAAGAAUAAAUUUAUCCCCAUUUUGCAUGGGUCCUGUUCGGAAAUGCAUCACUGCACUUCAUCUGAUGAUUGGUUUCGGAUUCUUAUGUUUUUUUUUUUUUUAAUUUUAACAUGAAAAUAAAGUUCAUUACAUAAAUUAAAAUCAAAUUAAUAACUUUCUAAGGCCUUUAUUUACCGUGUUGGCCAAUUUUGUGUUGCAUUUCCGAACAUACUGCGCAUAAGAUGCAGUGCAGUGAUGUAUUUUCGAACAGGCCCAUAC